AUGUUAGAAUCUUCUAUACACUAUGAUGUUUCAAAAUCUUGCAAUUCUACCCCUCAUAGCUGUGCAUGGGCUGCGCAAGCCUUGCAUCGUAUUUCGCAUUCAGCCCGUGUGAUAUGUGGAUACCUGCCCAGUCUUUCCUUCUGUUCAAGGUACAUUCGUUUCUUUGACCAAACCAAGAAAAUGCAUUCGAAAUUCUUGGUCUUGAGUGCUCUGCCCAUCCUAGCCAUGGCGCGGGCAUAUCCUCCUGUUAUCAGAGGCCGGCAAGACCCAGACACCACGACAUCCAUCGAAACCUCUCGUCCCACCUCCCCGACUCACACUUGGACAGCCACGGGUGAUGCAUCCGCCACAGGGCCGUGGGAUGGACACUACACCGGAAUCUACACCGGAACACUUCCCGACGAUGACAGCGGCCACUACACCGGCAUCUACUCUGCCACUGCAACCGGCUGUGGAUCUGCCACCGGCUGCACAGGCAUCUGCACUGGAACACCGACCGCGGCCUACACCGGCAUAUACACUCCCACUGGAUCUGCCACCGGCUGCACAGGCAUCUGCACUGGAACACCGACCGCGGCCUACACCGGCAUCUACACGGGCGAGCUCCCCACCACAACCGGCCAGAUCGCAUCAAACGGCACAAGUACAUCUGCACCCGUCGUCAUCGGCGGGGCUGGCAAGGGAGUACAGGGCGCGAGUUGGGUUGGCGGAAUCAUGGCCGGCUUUGCUGUUAUGGGGUUGGCUCUUUAA